AUGGACGUCGAGGCAGCCCCCAAGGUCGACCGCACCGUGCUCAACUCGCAGGCCAAACAGGCCGACGAGGCCGAGCACCAGGAAACAGCGUGGCAGGCGAUCCGGAACCACCGCCGCGCCGUCUUCUGGGCGCUGGUCGUCUCGCUGUGCGUCAUCAUGGAGGGCUACGACACCAUCCUGCUGGGCAACUUCAUGGCCUACCCGGCCUUUGCCAGACAGUUUGGCUCGUACGACGCCGCCGACAAGACCUGGCAGGUGUCCGCCCCCUGGCAGGCCGGCAUCGGCGACUCCUCCGGCAUCGGCGCCUUCCUCGGCGCGCUGCUCAACGGGUUCCUCGUUGACCGCUUUGGGCAGAAACGCGUCCUGCUGGGCGCCCUCGUCGCCCUCACCGCCUUCCUGUUCAUCGUCUUCUUCUCGACCAACGUCACGACGCUUCUGGUCGGCGAGCUGUUCUGCGGCUUCCCCUGGGGCAUCUUCGCGACGCUGUCGCCGGCGUAUGCCUCGGAGGUGCUGCCGCUGAAGCUGCGCGUCUACAUGACCAGCUGGACGAACAUGUGUUUCAUCACGGGCCAGCUGAUCGCGGCGGGCGUCAUGGCAGGCCUGGUCGACAACCCGACCAAGUGGUCGUACAAGAUCCCCUUUGCCAUCCAGUGGUUCUGGCCGUGUGUGCUGGUGCCCAUCCUGUGCUUUGCGCCCGAGUCGCCCUGGUAUCUGGUGCGCAAGGGGCGGAUCGAGGAAGCCCGCCACUCGCUCACCCGGCUGCACGGCGCGGGGGACGACGCCGAGGCUGCGGCCGCCCGGAUCGACACCACGCUCGCCCUCAUCAUCCACACCGACAACCAGGAGAAGGAGCAGCUGAAGGUGCAGACCUCGUACUGGCAGUGCUUCCAGGGCACCGAGCGCUGGCGCACCGAGAUCGCCUGCGUGUGCUUCAUGGGGCAGUACUUUGUCGGCAUGGCCUUUGCCUACAACUCGACCUACUUCUUCCAGCAGGUCGGCCUGGGCACCAACCAGAUCUACGACCUCAACGUCGGCGGCAACGCCCUCGCCCUGUUCGCCUCCUACCUCAGCUGGCUGUUUGUCCUGCCCUACUUUGGCCGUCGCACCAUCUACCUGUGGUCCACGGCCCUCAUGUUCGUCAUCCUCAUGCUCAUCGGCAUCCUCAACGUCAAGACGGGCGAGCACCAGAUCGGCAUGGCCCAGGCCGUCCUGACUCUCGUCUGGACCGUUGUCUUCCAGCUCUCCGUCGGCCAGCUGGGAUGGGCUCUCCCCGCCGAGAUCGGCUCCACCCGCCUCCGCCAAAAGACCGUCGUCCUCGCCCGCAACGCCUACUACCUGGUCAGUGUCGUCGUCGGCGUGCUCGAGCCCUACUUUAUCAAUCCCACCGCCUGGAACCUGCGCGGCUACACCGGCUUUGUCUGGGCGGGCACCUGCUUCUUCACCUUUAUCUGGGCCUACUUCCGCCUGCCCGAGACCAAGGACCGUUCCUACGAGGAGAUCAACCUGCUGUUUGCCAAGGGCAUCGCUGCCAGGGACUUUGCCAACUACCAGGUCGAUGUUUUUGAUCCGGAAGAUGAGAAGCCGACUGUUCUUGAGCUAUCAACAGUAUAA